AUGAGGUCGGUUGCCGUGUUCGCUGCUGCAGUGCUGUUCCUGGCCUACUACUGUAAUGAGCCUGUUCCAGACGGUGUCACCGACGCUGGGGCGUACCGUGCCAUGGGGAUAUUCUUCAGGACACUGGGGCAUGUGGCGAGACUCGGCGAAAAGCUGGGGAUUGCCAGAGAGCCGCACAUCAGACGUGACGCCAUAUCCUUACUGACAAACGUCGCCAGGAGGUUCAAGUCCGACCACAGAACCGGUCUGAAGGUCACGGACACGACAUUCGACGGGGUCAAAGUUCGGAUCUACGAGCCUGCUGCAGUUCAGGCGACCGACGCUAGGAGGACAGGCCUGGUGUUCUAUCACGGGGGAGGAUGGGCGGCACUGGCGAUGGAUGACGUCGAUGAGAUGAUGGCCCACAUCGCAAAGCAGCUGGGCAACGUGCUUGUCGGAGUAGAUUACCGAUUGGCUCCCGAGUACCAGUUCCCCGCCAGUUUCGACGACUGCCUGGUCGCCACGAAGUUCUUCCUACGUCACACGGAGGACUACAACGUCGAUCCAAAGCGCGUCGGCGUGGGCGGGGACAGCGCUGGCGGUAAUCUGGCCGCUGCCGUCGCGAUCGCCAUGACGAAAGAAAAAGAGUUCCCAAAGUUGAAGGUCCAGACGUUGUUAUACCCAGCUCUGCAGGCGUUUGACUUCAACACGGACUCUUACAAGGACAGCGGACACCUAAACACUCUACCUACUGAUCUCAUGAUCUCCUUCUGGCUGUGGUAUCUGAACGACGAUCUGUCGUCUUUCCACACCUUAAAGGCCAACAACCACACCACAGAAGCACUGAAGAGGUCACAGUAUGCCGGGUACGUGAACACCAACCUUAAGACCACCACCCCUGUGAGUAAGAACAACAUCAAGUUUCCCGCCAUAGACAGGAUUGAGACGAUUUUAGACCCUCGCUUUGCGCCACUGAUGGCUGAUGACGUAGAUCUAAAGAAGAUGCCGCCUACCUACGUCAUGACGGUUGAGCAUGACGUACUGAGGGAUGACGGCGUCAUGUACGCACGUCGGCUGGAGAAGCUUGGAGUGCCCGUCCGACAUGACCACUACAAACACGGCUUCCAUUGCUGCCUGCUCGAUGUGAACGCGAUAGACGUAGGAAGGGAGGCCAUGGAAAACUACGUGUCGUAUCUCAAGAAAAAUCUUUGAGUUC